AUGGAUCUCACAUGGACGCUUCUGGCGAUUAUUGCAACUUAUGUAAUAACACAUACGUUUUUGACUAAAACUUACGACUACUGGAAGAAACAAAAUGUACCAUCUUUACCAAAUCCGUUGCCAGGAUUCGGACACAUGUGGCCAGUUAUUUCCCUUAAAAAUAGUUUAAUGACGUUUGCUGUGGAUGUGUAUGAAAAUUCGAAAACUAGUAUGGUUGGUUUUUACUUUAUGCGAAAACCAGGUCUAGUUUUAUGUGAGCCGGAACUAGUAAAGAAUGUUAUGGUCACAAACUUUUCAAAUUUUAGUGCUAAUGGAAUUGUGUUGAACGAAAAAACAGAUCCCAUUUUAUCGAAAAAUCCUUUCGUCAUCGCAGAUCAUCGUCGCUGGAAAGUCGCAAGAGCUCAUACAAUAAGUAACCUUUCGAGUCAAAACCUAAAGUCACUUUUUAAUAUUGUUAAAGAUGUGUGUCAAAACAUGAACGAUUACGUUGAUCGUAAAAUUAAAGAAAACAAUGAUUCAUUUGAAAGUGAACUGAAGGAUACCUUUGCUCGAUAUACUUCGGAAAUAGUGGCAAAUUGCGCAUUUGGAAUGGAAGGUCAUAGUUUCGAAGAUAAUCCAGAUCCGUUGACAUUCAUAAAUUCUGAAGAUUUUGAUAGUACCAUCUCGGAUGUACUGAUAUUUUACGCGGGCCUUUAUGAAACAUCGAGUACAGUUUUAGCCAUUUUGUUUUAUCAUCUUUCACAAAAUCAGGAAGUACAAAGAAAACUUCGCUCCCAUAUUGUUUCUAUAAUUCAAGCUAACAAAGGACACAUCACUUUUGAAUCUUUGAAAAGUAUGAAUUAUCUUGAUCAGGUGAUAUCAGAGUCGUUACGAUUAUUGCCACCAGCAUUUGCAUUUAGAAAAGAAUGUACCAAAGAAACGACUCUCACGGGAUCCGAUGGCCUACAGUGUCACGUUCGUCCUGGCACUGUUAUUAUGAUACCACUAAUGGGAUUGCAAAAUGACAGUAAAUAUUGGGAUAAGCCUCACGUUUUUGAUCCUGACAGAUUUAAUCCCGAAAAUCAUGCGAAUCACCGCGAAGGAGCCUAUUUGCCGUUUGGUGAUGGACCCAGAAAGUGUGUGGGUAUAAGACUGGCACUUAUGUUGGUGAAACUUGCAGUAGCCACAUUGUUAAAAAAUUUUUCGAUACAAAGUUCCACAAAAAUGAAGGCACCACUUGAAAUGGAAGCUUUUUUCGCGAUAACUCACAUUAAAGGAGGUUUUUGGGGAAAAUUCGAGAAACUCUAA